AUGGCAACUCAAGAUAUAGUAUUUGUUACUGGUAAUGCUAAUAAAUUAAAAGAAGUUAAGAUGAUUUUAUCAUCUGAAAGUUCAAAUUUUAAUUUAAUUAAUGAACCAUUAGAUCUUGAAGAGAUUCAAGAUGUUGAUUUAAAGAGUAUUGCUAUGGCAAAAUGUAAACAAGCAUCUGAAAUUUUAGGUCCAAAUAGACCUGUAUUUGUUGAAGAUACCGCAUUAGUAUUUGAUGAAUUUAAUGGUUUACCAGGUGCUUAUAUUAAAUGGUUUGUUAAGAGUAUGGGAUUAUCCAAGAUUGUUCAAAUGCUAGAUUCCUUUGAUAAUAAAAAUGCUAAAGCUAUCACUACGAUAGCAUUUGCAGAUGGUAAAGGUAAAUUUCAUGUAUUUCAAGGAAUCACAGAGGGAAGUAUUGUACCAAGCCGUGGUCCAACUACAUUUGGGUGGGAUUCAAUCUUUCAACCAAAGGAAUCUACUAAUGGCCAAACUUAUGCUGAAAUGGCAAAGGAAGACAAGAAUUUAAUCUCUCAAAGAGGUAGAGCUUUUGCUCAAUUGAAGACUUUCUUAGCUACCGAGCCUCUAUAG